AUGGUCAAACCGCCGACGGAGGUCGUCGCCGCGAAGCGCUCGUUGCGCAAGGCCAUGAAGGCGUUGCUCUCGGCGCUCGACGCGACGACGCUCGCCGCGGAGUCGGCCUGCGUCGCGCGCCAGGUCGUCGCGCGCGACGACUGGGCGUCGGCGUCGACGGUCGCGGCCUUCUGCUCCAUGCCCUCCGGCGAGCUCGCGACGCGGCCCCUCCUCGAGGCCGCCUUCGCCGCGAAGAAGCGCGUCUUCCUGCCGCGCGUCGACGACGUGAAGUCGCGGAAGAUGACGAUGCUCGAGGCCUACUCGCUCGACGACGUCGACGGCUUCGCGCGGUCGACCUGGGGCAUCCCCGAGCCGCCGGCGGGCGAGGGCCGCGCCGACGCGCUGGACGCGGGCGUCGACUUCGUCCUGGUGCCGGGCGUCGCGUUCGACGGUGGCCGCGGGCGCCUGGGCCACGGCGCGGGCUUCUACGACACGUGGUUCGCGGCGCUCGCGGCGGGCGGCGCCGCGCCCCCGCGCGUCGGCGUCGCCCUCGCGGACCAGCUGCUGCCGAAUUCGAAAAUCCCGGACUGCCCGGCCGCGGUGCCGCGCGAGGCCCACGACGAGGUGCUGGACGCCGUCGUGGUGGCGAAAAGAGCGUAA